ACCCCGUUGUAAGCUCGUCUGUGAACAGAGACUUCUGAAAGUAGCCGCCGUAGGUAACAGCUAUCCAAAGCUGUUAGAGAAACCUUGAAAUCUAAAUGACUUGCCAUAGAUUAUAGCACUGAUCCUGCCUGCAGCAUUUCUGCAUGGCAAACUUGAUGGUCAGUGUUUGAAAGAUCACGCUAAUGUUCUAGUGAGGUCUGAGUUCUUUUUUAUAGAUCUGAAUUACUUUUGAAGUAAUUUCGUCACCAUGGUGCUCGGAAAGGUGAAGAGCUUCUUUGUGAGCUACGACUGUCUUAAUGACAGCAAUGUCCCCGUCUUUGCAAGCGGGGACUCCGUGUCAGGGAGAGUUAUCAUCGAGGUCACCGGAGAAAUUCGCGUGAAAUCCUUGAACAUCCAUGCCAAAGGACUGGCUAAAGUUCGUUGGACUGAAUCUCGAAAUGCUGGAUCCAACACUGCCUAUACACAAAAUUACACCGAAGAAGUGGAGUAUUUAAACCACAGAGACAUCCUCAUUGGACACGAUAGAGACGAAGAGACUCCAGAGGAGGGCCUGACAGUCCUUCACACCGGCAGACACGAGUAUCCAUUCAGCUUCGAACUGCCUCAGACGGCCCUGGCCACUUCGUUCGAGGGAAAGCACGGCAGUGUGCGUUACUGGGUGAAGGCGGAGCUCCAUAGGCCCUGGCUGCUGCCCAUGAAGACCAAGAAGGAGUUCACCGUCUUCGAGCACAUCGACAUCAACACUCCCCUCCUGCUGUCUCCUCAGGCUGGCACCAAGGACAAGACGCUGUGCUGCUGGUUCUGCACCUCCGGGCCCAUCUCCCUCAGUGCCAAAAUCGAGAGGAGAGGAUACACUCCUGGCGAGGUGAUCCAGAUCUUUGCGGAGAUCGAGAACUGCUCGUCGCGCGUGGUCGUGCCAAAAGCCGCCAUCUACCAGACGCAGACCUUCUACGCCAAGGGCAAGGUGAAGGAGAUCAAGCAGCUGAUCGCCAACCUGCGCGGCGACCCCCUGCCCAGCGGCAAGACGGACACCUGGAACGGCAAGAUGCUCAAGAUCCCGCCCGUCUCGCCCUCCAUCCUGGACUGCAGCAUCAUCCGCGUGGAGUACUCGCUCAUGGUGUACGUGGACAUCCCCCGGGCGAUCAACCUGUCCCUGAGCCUGCCCCUGGUGAUCGGCACCAUCCCUCUGCACCCCUUUGGCAGCCGCACUUCCUCCGUCAGCAGCCAGUGCAGCAUGGCCAUGAGCUGGCUGGGCAUGGCUCUGCCCGAGCGACCAGAAGCUCCCCCUAGCUACUCGGAGUGCAUCAGCACGGAGCAGAGGCCCAGCGUUGACUUGACGGCGGCGCGGGACGAGUUGGAGGGGCCGCUGUUCGCCUACAUCCAGGAGUUCCGCUUCCAGCCUCCUCCGCUCUACUCUGAGGUGGAUCCCAACCCGGAGCCGGGCUGCUGGAGCGAGGAGAGGCGUCCGGACACCUGUCCGUCACGCUGAGGCGAUCACGGCGCCUGUCCAGUGCUGUCAGGCUGAUUCUCCUCCACGACUCCUCGAAGACUGUGACGCUCGCUCGUCCCGUUCGUACAUAUACGCUGCGGCUGGCUCCUCCUCCUCACACUCGACUCUCCUCCCCCCCACCUCCUCCCCCUCCACCGACCGACCGACCGACCGACCGACGCGGCGCGGCAAAGAGAAGGGGGUUGGAUUUCAAAAAGGAGGGAGAGGUGGUGAUCCUUACAACAAGAAACAAAAAAACAAACAAAACCUGCUCUGCCCUGCUAUACCUACCUAGCUAUCUGCAAGGGCACCAGAGCCCCGUCUGAAAACGAACGCGCUCGCUGGCUGGCUGGUGCAGACACACACUCACACGGGGGACCAAGCGCUUCCAACUGCAGAGAAGAGAGAGACACACACACACACACAGCUGCAGGACACUCCACCCAAGCUCCAAGUCGACAAGACUGGACCUGGACCUAAACCUGAACCUGAACCCGAACCUGACCCGAACAAGCCUACUGGUCCAGUCGAACCCGAGUCCGAACCAGGUACAGGCUGAGAAGCCAGAGCCAAGGCAACGUAAACCCCUGUGAUGGUUGCCUCCUCAUGGCUCACUAUAGGCAACCUAGCCCCAAGAAAGGAGAGGAGAGGGGGGGGGGAACUCCCCCCUCAAAGAAACUGGUUUCAAGCAGAGGCACAAUUCUGAGACGAGAUUUUCUUUUUUUUAAUAUAUGUUAUUUUGACUUUUUGCCAGAGAGCAAAACAAAAAACUGAGAAGAACUGUGCCCUCUCUUGACCUCCUCCUCCUCCUCUCCCUCCCUCUCCUUCUCUCGCUCUCUCUCUCUCUCUCUCGCUCUGCUCUUGUCGUCAUGGACACCACCAGGCCUGCGGUUCGGUUGCGCAGGGAAACAGGGUCGGAGAUGCUCCUCGUCUCCUGCCUCGAUUUUGCACAUCUAGAGUUUCAUUUUUUUUAGUUUUCGUUGUUGCCUAUAUUAGCAGCAGGGUGUGUGUGUGUGUGUGUGUGUGAGAGAGAGAGAGAGAGAGAGAGAGUGUGUGUGUGUGUGUGUGUUUGGUGCACUCCUCUUAUCGCCACUUGUUAUGUGGUGUGUGUGACCCCCCCCCCUCCGUGUGCUCUCUCGAACAAGGACUUGGUGACCUCGGCAGGGCUGGGCGGGUGGCUGAUGUCGAAAUGAGUGGCACACACAGAACUAAAGACAGAAAAAAGAACAAAGAAAGAUACAGAAAAGAAAAGAAAGACAGAACACACUCCAGAGAGUGAAGAAGAGAAGAGGUUUCUUCCUUUUUUUGUUAUUUUUAUUUUUAUUUUCAUUUUCAUUUUUUGAAAAUAAGACGACCAGCUGCCUGACUUAGAGGCCUAGAGGCCAUUGCAGUGCUUUCUAGACGCUUCCUCGCUGGUCUUGGAUGUGAGGCGAGUGUGUGUGUGUGUGUGUGUGUGUGUGUGUAUAAGAGUGUGUGAAAUGCAGAAAAAAUAAUUUUGAAUAGCAAGGUCAGGGAGUUGAGGAAAGAGUGAGUGAAGAGAGGAGAGGAGAGGAGAGGAGAGAAGGAAGGAAGGAAGCGAGGAUAGACGAAUGGAUCCUCCCCUCUCCUCUUUUUUGGCUCUUCCUCCAUCAGCAGAGGGGUGUGGGAGAUGACUGAAAAGAGAUGCACCCCGUGCCUUUGAGCUCUUCUCACACACCAUGUGGCCUUCCUCUGUCCUGAGCCCACACACACACACGUGCACACACAUACACAUGCAUGCAUUGCUGUACCAUCAGGCCCCCUUAUUGUCCCUUCAUAUAUACACACACACACACGCAAAGCUAUACACUCAGCUCCUCAAUAAUACUCGCUCAGGUGUUCUGCUCUGCUCACUUGCCAAACUUAAAGACGAGGGCUGGCGUGUGUGUGUGUGUGUGUGGUUUUUUUUCCCACCCAAUCUUUCUUAUAAUCUCCUCCCUCGUUCUCUUGCGUUCUCUCUAGCUCUCUGUUUCGAUAUGUAAUGCACUGUCAGUCAACAACAAAAAAGGCAUUUAGAGACAUUUAGAGAAGUUAGUAUAAAAUAAAGACCCGCACAAAGAUGAGGUGAGACAAAGGCAAAAAAAAAAGACGAAACAAAAGAAUGACAUUCCUCUUCAGUCCUAUAGUUCUCUAUCUCUAUAUCUAUCUCUCUAUCUCUCUCUCUCUCUGCCCUUACUCGACGAAAUGACUCCUUACAAGAUUUAAGUCAUGGAUGACGUUGAGUCCUUAUGGCCACCCAGCAAUGUGGUUUUAAGUUAGACUGAACCGAUAAAGCACAGUGAAAAGAAGUAGAAGAAGAAAAAGAAAAAAAUGAAAGCAGACAGGUAAAUACGCUCGUCGAUGAGUUCUACAUUUGUUUUUUAACACUCAUUCGAUGAUGCGCUAGACCAGAGUUGGAGUUUGGCUUUUUUUUUUGGAGCCUCAACUAUAAUAAGCACUUUUCUUUAUUAUUGUUUUCGGUAUUGUUAGUUUAUUAUAUUUUUGAGUGCGUGUGAAGCUAAUCACACCGUAAAAAGACAGCAUUGCAACUACGCGGGCAUGAUUUAGUCAAACAAAAAUUAGCUAGACUUAUUUACUUUUUUUUUUUUUUGGGUCAUUCUUGAAAGUUUACAAAUUUAUUUUUUUUGUUUGUUUUAUCAUGGUGACCAUGUCUUGUGCUCUUGAUUUUCUUUUAACUCACAACCAGUGCAGCUCUCUGUAUAAGGCAAGCAGGAUGGGUGACAAGCACGCCCGGGUGACUGACCUUGGCACAAAGAGGCAUAGCUAGCCCAUGGACUACAAAGAGGCAUAGCUAGCCAACGGGGCUACGCAGGGCAACUGCUUUAGGCCCUAUUAUUAAGGGCCCACUUAACGGCCCCAGACAGGCCAACAGCCCUUUAAACUACAGCAGUGGUGGUGCAGAUUUUGAACAGAUAGAUAGUAGUGGGGUGGGGAUAUUAUUUUUCUAAGCUAGGGGUUCCUAUCUUGAGUCUUGAUUCGACUCAAUCAAUCUGCUUCUGCCUCAAUCUGAAUUAUUUUGUAAAAAAAAUAAUUAAAAAAAGGCUACAUGCUAAUCUGCCAGGUUCAGACCUCUUGGGUGUGCUUGUCAGGCUCCACCGCAACACUCAGUCAAAAGAAAAGGGAAUGAUACUUAAACGUCUCCAAAACAUUUUACUUGUGUGGCUGACUGAACUUAUUAGCGUCCUUUCUAUUGUUUUCUUCUUCCCUUGAUCUGCACGCGCAUUGUAAACACAGGCUGUUUGUUGGACUGCCUAGCUCACUGGGGUUAUAUAGUCUUUUUUUUGUUAUGUUGGUUGCGACUGAUGUUUGAUUAGCCUUGUGGCUUUGCCCCUGAUGCGUGUUGCCAUGGUGACUUGUUGUUUGUUAACACACGGUGCAUUACGGGCGUGUGUGCACUUCCCUACACCUGAUGACACAAGCUUUUCGUUUUUUAUCUUACCUCCUGAGUGUGAAUUAAGCUUAUUCUAAAAAGUUUUUUAGAAACAAAAAAGUGCAAUAUUAUUUUAGUAUAUUAUUUCCACUACGUGUAUGUUUCAUAUCUUUAUUUUGUUUUUUCUUGCUUAAUAAUAUUAUCAUAUUUUUUUUGUCUUGUAUUAUGCCAGUUGAUGAAUGUUUUAUGUUAUAAUUUUGCUUCUUGAUCUUCCUUGUGUUCCAAUAAAUAAGCCAUUUUUGAA